UUCCAUAUUAAUAAGAAAAGAUAAUCAAACCCGUCUACUAUUGUCGUGUUAACUAUGAAAUUUUCUUAAUUUAAUUUGAGAACGAAAGCCAGACAACUUUUAUUACCAUCUUUAAAAAAUUUUUAAAGUUAUUUUUACGGUUUACAGAGCAGAAAUAAACAGAAAUUCAAAUAUUCUGGAUAGAUUGUUGUAAGAGGUUUUAUGCAACAUAAUCAUGGCACAAACACCGUCAGAUGAAUCAAAUACUGUACCUAACUUGGCUCUGCAUUCUAUUAUCAAACCUGCUCUAAAAGCACUCGACAAUGAAGGUGCUCGAAAGGACCUGAAAUCUUCAAUUCAGAAUCUAAUCAAGGCGUUUGAUGUGGCAGAGGAAUCAAUUCCAGGUAUCAGUCAAGAAAUCCUAGCUGGGAUCCUUAGAGCUGAUGGUUGUUCAAUGAACAUUAAUGAGGUGUUGCUGAGAUGCUCAUAUGCUGAUAAUGAAGAUUUUCAAAUUGAGCGGCAGGAACCAGAAUUCAAAAAAUUGGAGCAUAAAGCAAACGAACUAAAAGCAAUACUUGGAAAGAUACCUGAAGAAAUUCAAGAUAGAUCAAAGUUUCUCCAAACAAUCAAGGAUAUUGCUAGUGCAAUAAAGGAGCUUCUUGACUCAGUUAAUCAUGUUUUAAAGACUUAUCAAGAUCAAGGAAGAGUAAAAGAAUAUAGAAAAACUUUGGAACAAAACAAGAGAGAGUUUGUCAAAUACUCCAAAAGUUUUAGUGACACUCUGAAACAAUAUUUCAAAGACGUAAAACAAGACAGCGUGUUUUUAAGCGCUAACUCCCUCAUUAACCAAACAAACAAUAUCCUUAUAGUCUUUCGUAUGGUUGGGCGAGAUUAGAAAUAUAUUAUAAAUUGUAAAUACUUGGAUUUUAACAACUGUUUAGUGUAGAAUUCUUUUGUUAUUUAAUUUUGAACUAUUUUUUAGAAAUGUA